ACUAAAACACUACGAAAUUAAAUAUGUCAACUUCUUCAACACCCAUCCAAUUCACCCAGUCACUUGAAAACUUUCAUUCAAGAAAAUUUCUUCUACAUUCCUCUGUUUACCAAACAGAAGCCCCAGCAAUUUCCCCUGCUCAAGAAAACAGUUAUGUCAUCAAUAACAACUUUGAUGGAAAUGUAAUCAUUGUGCUCUUAGCCCUCAUAUGCAGCUUGAUUUCCUCUUUGGGGUUGUUCUGUGUUGUCAAGUAUGCCCUUAGAUGCUCAAGUUUAGAUGCUGCUCAAUCUGGUGCUAACCCUUCAGCCAAGUUAGAAAAUACAGGAGUUGAACAGAAAGCCUUGAGGACCUUCCCAACUGUAAAAUACACAACCGAGUUGAAACUUCGAGUCUUAGACACAGCUUGUGUUAUAUGCUUAUCUAAAUUCGGUGCUGGGGAGUGCCUGCGGAUUUUGCCAAAGUGCAACCACGGAUUUCAUACUCGUUGUAUCGAUAAAUGGCUUAGUUCACAUUCUUCAUGCCCUACAUGCAGGCACUGCCUGACUGAAACAGACCAAAAGACCCUUAACUGCAGCCAGGCAGACUCAUUGGAACAGUCUCUCCCAACGCAGGAAAGCACAUAACAAAGAACUAGAAAGGGAACAAACUCAUUGAUUUUCAGGGUUGAAAAUCAUGAAUAAACUAUUUACCAUAGAAAUUCUCAACUUUCAUCAAAAUUCAUAUAUGGUAGGGUCAGACUCCACCACUUAUGCAAAGCUUGUAGCAAUAUGAUUCAAUAAUGCAAUCUUGUGUCUGGGGUAUCAUCUGUGUGCUAAACGUGCACUAGAAUUUUCUAUUCAGAAAAUUUCACAGUUGAAGCAACAAAGUGUUACUUGAAUUGAAAAUUUUUGUGAAAUUAAUCUAGCAAAAUGAUCUGAUUGGUUCAAAAUAUUCAACUAAUUGUACGAUCAAUCAUGCACAAUGAAAAUGCAAUGUAGCCUAGAGAAAGGGCUAAGCAUUCAACCUGAAAUUAGGUGAUAGGAUCCCAUUGUUCAAACUCUUUCUCAAGGAAAAGGGUCUUAGAUUGGAUGCAUAACGUAAUAUCAAAGUAAA